ACUUCCACAUGCACGCACACGCACACGCACUGACCGGAGCGUCCAAGCGGGGUGCCUGUGCCCAGUGCGGAUGAUGUAGAGUAACGAAGCACCUUCGCUCCACCAGGUGCACAAGAACAGAGUGCCAUGUUGACGCGGUUGUUCAGCGACGCGCACAAGUUCCCGAGCUGGGCGGACGACAGCGGCAGCGACGACUCCAAGACGAAGGACGACGAGCAUGAGCACGGCUCCCGAGAGGACGACGCCGACGAUCUUCUGGGCGAAGCCAAAAGCGCGAGCGGGGCACAGUCAGAGAUCGCGGGGGACGAUGAUGAAGACGACGAUGACGACGACGACGACGAAGGCGUCGACGACGACGAGAACGGUGGCGACAAGACGCGUAAGCGAGGCCCGAAAAAGCGCCAGAUGACCCCAGCGCGCAUGGAGCGCUCCAAGCAGCGCCGGCACAAGGCGAACGCCCGGGAGCGCACCCGGAUGCACGACCUGAACUCUGCGCUGGACAAUCUGCGCAAGGUGGUGCCGUGCUACUCCAAAACGCAAAAGCUGUCCAAGAUCGAGACGCUGCGUCUGGCCAAAAACUACAUCUGGGCGCUGUCGGAGAUCCUGCGGAACGGGAAGCGCCCGGAUGUGGUGUCCUACGUGCAGACGUUGUGCAAAGGACUCUCGCAGCCGACCACGAAUCUGGUGGCCGGCUGUCUGCAGCUCAACGCGCGGAACUUUCUCACCGAUCUGUCUCACCAGGAGAGCGCGGGAGCGCGCUUUCACACGUCCGAGGCUUCUUUUGCCGCCGCGCACGCUUACCCGUACCAAUGCGCGCGCCUUGCGGGUGCACAGUGCCAGUCCGGCGCGCACCCGUACUGCUACGAGCCAGAGUACGCGGGCACGGUUGAUUACGAGGCCCGACGCAGCCCGACCCCGGCCUGCGUUAACGGCGGGUACCCGCUGCGGUCGCACGACGCCGUGUCACCUGAGGUCUCAGAUCGGGGAUACCACCACUACUCCAUGCACUACACGGCGGCGCGCAGCCUGGCCUACGGGGCGUCAGGAGCGCGAGCAGCGGGCGCGCACGGAACCGGCGGGGGCGGCGGGAGCGGAGCCGCGCACUCGGAGAACGUGCCGCCAUACCAUGACGUGCACGCGCAUCAUCACCCGCACCAUCAUGAGCGCGCACCGGCGUACGAGGAACUGAACUCGUUCUUUUCAUAACUGUGAUUCGGUAUUAAAUAUCCAUGUCGGACUAAACACUGUUGCUCCAAUUAAACCUGUCCAAUCGAUUAUUCCCCCUUUCCCCCCUGGACUUUUACCAAGGUCAUUAAGGAACUACAAUUAAAGAAUGGAAAAUAAUCAAUAAUAAAUGGAAUAAAAGAGAUGAAUGGAUACCAUGUUGUUUUUUCAAUUUGUCAGAACGGAAUGCAAAUGUCAAAUCCAAAUAAAAUCAAUGAUACAAACAAACAAA